ACAAUAUACACUUAUCACUCACAGAUCUUUUCCUGUGAGCAAUGCUUCCGGAGAAGUAUGUCCGCUUGGAGAAGGACGAGGUGUGCCACACCGGUGCUCCCAAUUUGGAGAUCGCCUCGGCGAAGGCCUUGCUGCCCAGCAGUUCCUUUGGAAGCCAAAGGAGCUCAAGCUCGGCGAGGACGAUCGCCUCCGAGGGAGGCGGACUGUCCACGUGGGGCCGACGGAACCUCGAGGGUGAGGUGAGGCAGCUCCGCUGGGAGCUGAACGAGGAGCGGCUCCUCGCCGGGCGCCUACGACAGGAACUCCAGAAAGCCCAGCAGCAGCUGCGGCAGGCACAUCAAGAGCUUGAUUUGCAACGGGAUCGUGAUGCGCUUUUGGGUUUUGCUCACGAGAGCCCCAGAGGGGGGCAUGUUUGUCGAUCUUUUUGCGCGCUAUUUGGGCGCCGGUAGGCAGGGUGCCGCUGUUCCUGAGAUCCCGACAGUAUGCAGGUGCUCAUUUCG